UUGCUCACCUCAAUCUACUUGAACCUAUCCAUCCGCAAGAUCUCAGCCACGAACAAUACUUGAUAUGAUCAUUUGAUAUUCAAGACCUCACCCCACCACUUCUGUGACUGUUUCUUUCAUAUUUGAUUGUCCAGUCUAUCGGUGUGUUCCUGCUGGAGCAGCACAAGAAGAACAUUCAUUUUCCUAUCCAAAUCUGAAGCUAUAUCGUACGCAGAACCGCACAAGUCUUGCAACAUCUAACUUGAGCUGCUUUCUUUCUCCCUCUUUCUCAUCAAUUGUCUUACUCGCUAGCUUGCUGCGCCUUGCGUCGAAAUCGCAAUCCUUGGCUAAUGUUAUUUUUAGAGCCCGGCCUUUAGAAUAUCUUUGCAUCUUUUUCAUCCCAAACAUCUUCGUUUUCAAUGUUCUCUUGUUUCGCCUUUUGCUUUGGUCGAGAAAAUCUGGAGGAUGUAGAGAACGAAUCUCUUCCUUGCCAAAAGUCGACCAUCAAUACCCAUCCUCCUUCAUUUCCGAACGAUACCCUUCCAGGCGAUCUUAUAGAUCAUCAGCCUUGCCCAACAUGACUCAAGACUCAAACUUAUUCUCAACCUCAAUAUCGCGACAUCCACGGCCGUCCGUCGCGUCUUCGCUGAUGGCUAGCAUAAGAAACCCGAUGAUGAUCGCUCGAACGUCAACACAUGAAGAAGCUGUUACAUCUGGAGCUUUACCGUCUUUAGCAGCCUAUUCGCCAGCCUCUCCUACCGUCCGUACUCGCAAAAGCUCUAAUUUUAGUCGUAGGAAGAAAAAUAUACUUACUAUCAAGAGUCAAACCCCAAGCAGACAAGCAGAACAUGUGGAGCAGGAGGAGGACUGCCAGACUCCACGGAUUAGGACGUCGUAUGAUCCGUUUGCACCCCCUACUCCAGGCCUCACUCCAAUCAUUUUCCAAAACCCACAAUUCAACACAGCUCCCAGUUCAGCAAAGACCUGCUUUAGUACCGCUUUUCGCGAUGGCUCAUCUGCCAUCACCCACGGUCGACCUCGGUCCAGUACCAUCGCCGACUUCUCCCAGCGUUGUUCUCAUCCCGAAGAACAGACUGAGGAUCGCUACCAAUCUGCUAGCUCUCCUCUUGCGAGAAGAUCCAAGUGUUCGAUCUCAUUAUCUCAACCUGAUAACUAUCGAGUGAGCAAAGACCUCAGUAUUAUUGAGAACACGAGCAAGAAUACGACCUCUCCGGUCCCUUCGGCUUCAAGAUCUCGUCGGAUAGCUAGUUUUCAGCUGAGCGAGGACAUUACCAAGGAAUGGAACACUGCCAAACUAUUUCUUGCAUCCGAUGAAGGUGACACGUCCAUUGAAACGAUACCGGAAGAAUCACCCCAACCACAUUCCAUGCAAGAGCAAAUCGAUGAUCAUCAGGCAGAUCACAAGAUUACACUCUCACCGGAUUCACGAGCGCAGACGGAAGGAAAUCGAGAGGCGUCGCAGAACUCUGGAAGGGAUAGACUUACAAGUAACCUGUCGAAGAUCACAGGAAGGUCCGAAACCCCCAAGGUUAGAAGGUUCCGAAAGAAAUCACAAUCUUCGACAACUUCUCACUCGAAAGACCAACCCGCUGAGAAGUAUCUCUCGAGAUCAUCUGGAUUAACUAGCCCAUUGAGCAAGUCGAUUUGUUCUGUUUAUUACUCAGCUCUUGGUCAUCACGAUUGAAUAUAUCUUUAUCUCUAACAUGUUCCGGAUUCAUGUGAGAUGUUAUGCUUGUUGUUUGUAAGUUUCAUCAGAUUUUACGCUUCCUGUUAGUAGGAUGGCUCUUGUCCAAAGCAUGUAUUAAGAUUUUAUUAUUAUGAAGUAUUUGGAUUGGUUAUAAGAUUUGUUUGUAUAUCAUAUUUUUAAUAUUGAAGCUCUUUACCAUUCGUUCUUGCUUAUAUUACAUUUACAAAGCUUUCUAUCGUUCAUUCUUGUUUCUUUCGAAUUUACAUAUUAGCUACCUGCAUAUCAUGGUCAUCGAGAUUCUUUCGAGUUUAUAUCUGUUUAGAAACUUGUGUUCCAAGAAUGAUUACAUGCAGUUUGGAUGCGCUUAUAUUUGUAGAGUUUCUCUUCCUGCUUUGUUGUUACCCUACGGUGAAUGACUAAACAGUCUGAAGAUCUACUUUUGUUCUUAAUUCAAGUACAUCCUUAAGAGUGACAGCCU